GCAAGCUCACACUCAGCCAUACAGCAUCUGCCAGGAGCUGCUGGCUGUGAAUGGGGCACCGCUAGGACCCGGGGAGGCACGGCUCUGGCUGGGGAGCUGUGAGCAGGAAGAGGCUCGGUCUGAGGAGAGCAGGGCUGGGAUAGGAGUGCUAGCUCCGGGGAGCGUGCCAGCUACAGCACAGGCCUACAAGAUGACACCUGACACACUCAGGAUACAGGAGGACGCCAUGUGAAUACUUGCAGUGAGUUGUUUAACACAUCAAUCAGCAGGAGACAUGGAGGACUUGUACAAAGACGUUCCAGACCUUCCAAUGGAUUUGAACAACUCACCCUCUGCCAUUCCUAACAGCAAGCUUGAAAAUGGGGUUACUCAACUUAUUACUGCAGAAGCAUGGAAUAUUAAUCCCUCAGGGUUGAUGAAAAAAGCGCUCUCUCCCCUUGUGACUGUUCCAGCUCCGCCUGUUCUUAGCCCCUCCUCAGACUCACAGAGCGGGGUAGCACUGAAGGUGGCAGCGACAGUGCUCCAACCCAUCUGUCUUGGAGAGAGCCCGGUGGUAUUACCAAUACAUUGGCAGGUAGCAGGUGGCACACCACCACAGGUGAGCACAAACAAUAGUACUCCGUACGUUAUAACUACGCAAGGGCCUGUUCCAUUGCCUGUGCUUCUGGAGCAACAUGUGUUUCAGCAAUUAAAUUCUCCAAUUGUGUUGCCCCAAGGGGCUCAGUGUCCAGCUUCCGCCAUCCAAAAUCACCUUUUUUCAGGAACUGCUACUUCAGUUGGUCAGCCUCAAAUUCUAGAUCAAAAGACAUCCAGCCCAGCACAAGAACCUGUGUUGCCUACAGUUUUUCAAACCCCAGGUUUUCAAGCAGUUUUGCAGGAUCUGUUUCCAUCAGCAAACAGUUUGAGUGCUCCAUCCCCAUGUCAGAUUCCCCCAGACUACAACUCUAGUAAUAUUCAUUCUCUUCCACCACAUGCAUUCAGUUCUCCCUUAUCACCACUUGUUCCUCCUGCUACUUUGCUGGUUCCAUACCCUGUGAUUGUCCCAUUGCCCGUGCCUGUUCCUAUACCAAUACCAAUUCCAAUACCAGUGCCACAGACUGAUUCUAAGGAAAAUGCAGAACAUACAAAAUCUUCAGAAGAAAUUCCAAAGACGUGCAAAGAAACCCAAACACCUUUGGAGAAAGAAGAAGUCAAACCUUUUGAAAUUACAGCAAAAUCAGAGUUCUCACAGUUUAACCGUCACUCAGUCAUCAAAAUGGGCAAUGAAAAUGAAGCACUGGAUCUUUCAAUGAAAAACGAACCACUAGUUAAAGACAAUGAUACAAAUAGCCAGGUGAUUCAGGAAGAUGGUGUUCUAGAUCUAUCGGUCCCAGUGCACAAGAGAUGUGGCAAUCUCAAUACGCUUGUUAAUGUGUCAGUAUCAUGUGCGUCCAUAACAGACCCAUUAGGCAAUAUCCCUAGUAAGAAUUGUCCCAAAGCUGCACCUUUUAAUUCACCUCUAAUCCAUCACGAGUUGACACAGAAACAGGACAGUAGGAUCAUCUGCACUAACAAUGCCGAACUGCUGCGGCAACAAAAAUGGAUCGGCGAACAAAGCAGCAGAGCCAGUUAUGAACCAAAAGGCGUCAGCAGCAGCAGCAGUAACAACAUUGAACUAGUCAGUAGCUCCCAGACAGCAAAAGUCAUCGUCUCUGUAAAAGAUGCUGUGCCAGCCAUAUUUUGUGGGAAAAUAAAAGGGCUUUCAGGGGUUUCUACCAAAAACUUUUCUAUUAAAAGGGACUUGCCGCAAGACUCUGCAGUUCAGUGCUAUGAUAUGAAGAGCCAGGCUGAUAUCAGGGAAGGGGUUGAUGCAUUAAGGAAACCAGUUAAAAACAGAAGCGUAAAGUUAAAGAAAGUGAAUUCACAGGAGAUACACAUACUUCCAAUCAAAAAGCAAAGAUUGGCUGCCUUUUUCCCCAGGAAAUAAUUUCUACAUUCCCAGUCUUCUUUUGGAGUUAUGAAUUUUACUACAAUCGUAGACAUUCUAAGCUUGUUAAGAAAAUUCAGUUCUAAUUAUACAGAAAGGGUCCAGUGUUUGAAUAUACAGUUCACACAAUAUCGCUGUAGCUAGUGUGAUAUAAUAUGUGACCAGGUUUUGCAGACAUUUUUUAAAGAAAAAAAAUAAUUGUAGUCACUUACCUGUAAACCAGGACCCAAACGAGGAUGAUAAUAUUAUGCCUUUGGAUAGGUCUUUGUAACUUAUUAUAUGUGGUGGGGAAGGGAUUAGGGAGAUUGAAGGUAAAUAGAGUACAUUUAAUACUUCCCCCCCCCCCCCCCUUAUUUUGAUUGGCAUAAAGUCCAUAUGAACACCCUAUUUUUAAGUGGAUUGCACAUUUUAUGCAGCUUUUAUUAGACUAAUGGAUUGUCCAGAGCUGUUUUUACUGCCAAGAACCGCGUUAAUGCUGUAUUUAAUAUAAAAUAGUUAUGUUGCAUAUUUAAAAUAAAUGUUUGUAUGUGUUGAUCAGCUGUCAUAUUUCGUACAUUUUGCAGUUUUAUAUCCAAAGUGCAUACACCGGAAUUGUCAAACAUAAGGAAACUGUGUACACCUUGUUAAAUUCCUCAGUCUGGUCACCAUCCUCUUGAAAAUCAUCUCCUAAUGCUUGUUGGCUACAGGCUUUAAUAAUAUCU